AUGCACAACCACAGCUGGCAGAACCGACAUUGUGAUGCUCAUGGCAUUUGUUGGAAAUGUCUGAACCGCUAUGUGGAGAUGCAGAUUCUGGAGGAGGGCCGGUUCAACCUCAAGUGCCCCGGAAUCGGUUGCAACUACCGCCUCCUCCCCCUCGACGUGGAGAGGGCCUUGGAGGCAUCGGAGCCGGAAAGGCAGCAGGUGGCGCUGGAGCGCUACGGAAGCAUGCGCAGCGCGAGCCAUGAAGAGAGGCUUCGGGAAGUCGCCCUUGGAACAUCCGGGCCUUCCGAAUGUUGGCUGCUCCAGGAGUGCCAGGCUUGUCCUCGCUGCCUUUCAUUGGUUCGGCGGGAGACUGGCUGCCUUCACGUCUUCUGCCGCUGCGGUUGCGACUUCUGUGCCGGCUGCGGCAGUCCCGACGAAUGCCUUUGUGCUUCGCUGGACAAGGACCGCGACGUCGUCUUCGCAGCAUGGCUUCGGAUUUCCCCAGAUUCGCCAGUUGCAUGGCUGAGGGACAUGCCCAGCUCCGACAUGUCGGAGGAGCGACUUCUGGGCACCUUGGGCUUCUUCCUCUGGAUGGCUUACCUUCCCGUGGAUCUACCCUGGACACGUGCCCUGGAAGAGCCGGAGCAUUCCCUCCCGCCCGUCCGCUGGCGAUACUUCCACUCAGACUCGGGAUGGUUUGUCAUGACGGAGGAGGAGGCCUUCAACAGGGAGAGAUUCCCCGAGGUUUUGAGGCACCCACUCAGCUCUUGGUGGAAUGGGAUUGACGGCGACGAAUCCGAGAACUGGUUCCAACACUAUCGGCGCGCACCCCGUCGGCCCUGGCGUCUCUUCGCCACUCAGCGCGGCUCUCGGCGACAGGACCGGCACCACUACACGCCUCUGCGCUGGAAAGACGUCAGGGCCUGGACCGGCGAUGAUGCAGCUGUGCCCCUUCGUCGCCGAAGGCAGCCGCGAGCUGUGGCGACCGCCGCGCGCUCCGCAGAACCCACAGCAGCAGCUGCCCGCAAGGUUCAGGAGCAGCGCAAGCGUCGGCAGCAAAUGCGCAGCCGCUUCAGGGAAGAGCUGGUGCAGUUGGACUGA